CAAAAACAGUUACAUAAUCAAUAUAAAUAGGUUCUUUUUGUCAUUAGAACUGCCAUUUAUUGCAUAACUUGUUAUACGUUUGAUAUAGAACACAAUAGACAGGACAAUAAAUAAAUUGUGACCAAUGAAACUACCAAUCUCUGGGUCAUCAUUGAUCAAGUUGAGUAAAAAGUCAAGCUUUUUUAAAAUUAGAGGCAGCAAGCAUAACAGGAUAAGGUCGAUGUCAGCGAUCAAAUUUUUCAUUCAUCGUCCAGACAUUGAUGUACCACUUGCUUAUCGGCUACAAAUGUCAUUGUUUAAAAGUAUGGAUUGGAAUAAACUGAUCAAAAAGUUGCAUGAGAUAACACAUUUUCAAUUUGCUGGUUUUACACUUACAUGGAAUGAUGGCUUUCAUAAUUGUAUACUUACAGAUAUCAAGGAUAUAAUGAGAGCAAUAGAAUACAUACAAGACAAAGAAUUGGUUGAUGAUUGCCUACAUAUAAAAGUCAAUACUAUUCCAAAAUCUUUACCAAAUCAAAGUGUAUGUGGUAAUCUUCGACAGUCUAAUAAACCUAUUUAUUAUCCCUAUCCACCAACGUAUGCAGAAGCUAUAGGCUCACAGAUAUCAUUAACUUCUAAGGGGAACAAAAAAGUCGGCACUAAAGUUAUCAUAAUUCGUUCAAAUCAACAGAAUGACAAUCAAGAAGAAAGCAAUCACUAACCCAAAUUUGGUUAGUUAUUCUAUAAUUAAACAACUACAAAAAAAAAUACAAAGAUAGUUUCCUUGUCUAUCUAAACAUUUGACUGAGUAUUAACAAACAGGCUAAGAACACAAUAUUCAGCGAAGAGACUACUUUUCAACGAAUUUAUUAUCAAGCUGUACAAUUGUAUAUACUCGUGGUUUUUAACCGGUGAGAGAAUAAGAUCAAAGGUUGGCUUCAUCUACUAAAGUCCUCUCUGAAUGCAUAUAAAUAUUGUAAUUUUACUUUUAAGUGAUCGAAGGCUUAAAAGAAAGUUAAGAACACAAAUAAAGCAUAUCUGUCUUCUCCAUGCCUUUGAGUGAAGACAGAAAUAGAGUGUGAGAGUGAUUUCUAUGUUAACUACUAUAUUUGUUCGCUUUAUGCAAACAUGUUUACACUACGCCUUAUUUAUUUACUUUUAUAUACAAGUACAAGACUGUUGAUUGUGCAUAAUCUAAUAUGGUGCCAUAAUGGAAAACAACAUUUUGUAUUUUCACCUAAUAUUUAUUAAAGUAUUACUUGGAAUUAUUUAUUUUUUUCAAAUGUUCUCACUUUGAUGA